AUGUCGGAACCGCUUCCUCCAGGAUGGCUCGAAUGCCACGAUUCAAACACGGGACGAAAUUAUUAUGUGUUUCCAGAAACUGCCACAACUACUUGGCAUGACCCUCGAAAAACAGUGCCUGCAAAUAACCAGAACAAUUCAGCAGCAGCGCCUGUCAAUAACUACCAGAACAAUUCAGCAGCAGCGCCUGUCAAUAACUAUCAGAACAAUUCAGCAGCGCCUGUCAAUAACUACCAGAACAAUUCAGCAGCAGCGCCUGUCAAUAACUACCGGAACAGUUUAGCAAUAGCGCCUGUAAACAACUACCAAAACAGUCCAACAGCAGCGCCUGUAAAUAACCAUAACGAUUCAGUAACAGUACCUGUAAACAACUACCAUAACAAUUCAAUCGUCAGAACAGCAUCAACAUCUUCGCAACCAGGAACAUUAACAACAGCGACAGCAGCUCAAUAUACAAAUGCUCAAUAUAUAAAUGAACCAUUGGUAAUGUCUCCAAUAGAACCCCCCAACCCUUAUGCACAACAACCGAUCACCCAAUCGUACUCAUUGAAAAAGCCCGAUUUUAAAAAAAUCGAUAAAACCGCAAAGAAGGUCGCUCAAUCAAUAGGCGGAAUGGUUGGGUCUUUUGUAACAGGAGCGAUUAAUCCUCUUUCUUUGAUUCCGCGAGGUAAUAACGAUCAUAAUAAAAAUUUCGGCAAUGUGUUUCAGCAACAGCAAAUGUUCGCAUUUAUGGAACAGCAUCAGCAGGCAGCCAUGGCAGCACAGAUGGCAAGUUUUGCUGUCGCCCAACAAGAAGCUCAAAGAAUACUUCAUGAAACGUUAACUCGUAUAGCAGUUGCCGAAAAAAGAGAACAAGAGUUAAAGCAAAAAAUAGCUCAAAUGGAAGCUGGGUUUAACGAUACCAACGUGAAGACUACUGACACUCGAGAAGCAAAAAUUGAUCACCCAAACGACGUGAAGAUUAACGAUACUCGAGAAGCAAAAAUUAAUCAACCAUAUGAUGUGAAUAUUCAAGAAGUAAAAUUAAAUCAACCAGUAAAUAUACCAGCAAAUAUUCACGAUCCAAAUAUGAAUUUAUCACAGAAGGUUCAGGAAUUCCAAGUAAAUCAACCAUUGAACAAUCCCGAAUUCCAUCAACAAGUGAAAACUCCAGAAUUCCAAGUAAACCAGCCAGCUAAUGUUCCCGAAUCCGAAGUGAAUCAGCCAGCGAACGUUCCCGAAUCCCAAGUAAAUCAACAAAUGAAAACUCCUGGGUUCCAAUUAAAUCAUCCAGCGAAUGUUUCCGAAUUCCAAGUAAAACAUCCGGAAAACACUUCCGAAUUCCAGGAAAAUCAACCAGAGAACACUUCCGAAUAUCAAGUCAACUAUCCAAUUAGUCUUCCUGGAUUUCAGCUAGAAAGAGUGUAUGAAGCUCGACAAGAAAAUAUUCCAAAAGAAAUAAAUAAUCAAGAUGUAAAAGAAAUUUCAACACAAUUAGAACAUCUUCAAUUUUCGAAAGAAGAAAACAAUCAGGUCUUUAAAGAGAACCACAAACAUACUCAACAGAACCAAGCCGCAUACAAUCAACUACACGACCAACAAAUAUGGUUGCAUGAAGCAUCCGCAUCCUUGAUGUCGGACAUAUAA